UUAGUAAAGAUUAAGAAAAAUUAAUCACUUAAUAGAACUCGUGAGUCUAUGAUUUAUAAGUAGCUCUAUAAUAAACAAAUAACUUUACCAUAGUAUAAAUUAGUGUGAGAUGUUAACUUAAUAAAGACAAAAAACUAAUAGCACUAGAAAAGAUAAAUUAAUGACGAGGUCUAUACUGAAAGAAAUAUAUACCUUAAUACAAGAAGAGAUGGUGAUGAUUAAAUAAAAAGAGACAAAAUACAUAUAGAUCAGAUCAUGUGGGAUAAUCCGUAAGAAAUAAGAUGUACAACUUUAAAAAAUAUAUAUAGAUCAUGUAUAAAGUAGUUGAAAUUUAUUUUUCUUUUCUGUUUAGGGAUUUUGAUAUCACAAAAGAGAUCUUUCUUUCUAAUUUUUGAAAAUUGACAAUAAAACAAAAUAUUUUUUUCUGAUAAAAGAAAAGAAGAGUAACUGUGAGGAUUCAAACUUCAGUUGAUAAGAUAAUGUGUUUACUAAGACCAUUAUGCUACACAAGAAUUUUGAAAUUUUGGAGCUCUAAAAUAUCUAUAUAUUUUGGGGGCCUGAGGCAAAAGCUUUUUUGAUAACACAUGAAGCACGCCUCUGGUUGUGACCGACCUGAUCUCCUCACAGCCAAUCAUUCCACUAGUCAGAUCAAAUGUCUUUUGCCGGGAGCCAGAUGCUCAGCUAGAGCUAGAUGUCUAUCACCAUAUUCAAUCCUUCACUUAGAUCUAACCCUCACGGGUUUGUUUUUGGAUCUGUUACUUCACAAAACACUUCAUAUUAUGUGAAACUGAAACAUAUAUAAAUAUUAGACUCGAUUUAGUAUCUGAUGUAGGAUUUGUAUUGCUUAUUUAUACUAGCCACCAAAAAGAUGGACUUCAACUAGUUCACCAAAGUAGUCCACUGCUCUCUUUUAAUAUUCUAUUCAAUUAACCAUAUAAUUAAACAUAAAUAUUAGGUUUGGGUUAAAAUCCGUAACAUAAAAAAAUCCGAUCUAUUCCCAGUUCAAAAUGUAAAAAAAUACUCAAAUAAAUUUUGUAGGGUGUUACAAAGUGUUAUUGAUCGAACCCGAACGAGUAACAAAAAAAAACCAAAAAUUGAAAAAACCCAAAAAUUAUCUAAAAACCGAUCGGAAUGUCCAAAUUGAUAGACAAUAUAAAUAUAUGAACCAUAAUUAUGUAUUUAAAAUAUUUAAUUUAAUAUUUAUUUUGAUAUAAUAUCUAAAAAUAAAUAUUUAAAACUAAGUACCUUAAAUACCUAAUUCUAGAUAAAUAAAUAUAUUUAUAUAUUUCUUGUGUUUUGCUUUAAAAUUUUAGCUUUUACUCCAGGUAUACUUUAUGUGUGUUUAGGAUGUGAUACAAAUUAACAAUAAAACUGAUGAGUUAUAAAUAAACCCGACUUGUACUUACAAAUUUACUAGAAUGAGACUUAGGGUGUGAUACAAAUUUACUAAAACCGAAACCAAUAUGUUAUAUCCGAACUCGAUCUGUACUUACAAUUAAACUAGAAUAGAACCUCGGGUGUGAUACAAAUUAAAAUCAAAAUCCGAAAUCCCAAUGGAUACCCUGCUAAGCCUAAUAUAAAUAUCAUGAAUUUCUUUACCAUUUCUUCACGUUUUGAAGAUUCCUUGGACCUACCAACCCUUGUUAUCUUUGUAUACAACCAAAAAAAUUAUGGAGUCACUACCAAACGUGGCCGUCGGGUUAAGGUACUUAAACGUCUUCCUUGCGUUACACCGAAAUGGUCAUGACUGUGAAAACGAGUAAAGACAGAAACAUCUCAAGACAUGAGGUUAAUCUCCUAUAAAAAAUCAAAUACCUCAAGGAGAUGAGAAAACACUCAAAAGUAAGAAAUAAAGAAAGAAAGAGAGAAGAUGAACAAGGUGCAUGGUCUGUUCUUGGUGGUCAUUUUCUCUCUUGCCUAUGCACAGCUUGUUAAGUGUCAAUCUAAGCCAAGUUGCCAAACUAAAUGUGGCAACGUCUCAAUCGAGUACCCUUUUGGCAUUUCUCCAGAUUGUUACUAUGCGGGACAUAGUACUUUCCUACUCACCUGUAAUGAAACAACAAACAAGCUAUUCACUGGCAACCUGCAAGUGAUCAACAUUUCUCACACCGGCGAGCUACGCAUCCUCGAGUCUAUAGCCUACUCUUGCUACAACAGCACAGAUCUGACUGAUAGAAUUAUCUACAACACUACUCUGGUUGACUUCACUCUUUCCAACAAGAACAGUUUCACUGCCGUGGGUUGUAACACUUACGCGGUAAUGACCACGACUAUUGGAGAUCGAAGCUACUCAACUGGAUGCUUGUCGUUAUGCGAUUCCACCACAAAGGAAGACGGGCUGUGUUCCGGUGAAGGCUGCUGCCACACCUCCGUUUCUAAGGGGAGCCAACGUUUCGUAAUCAGAUCAAGCCGCUUUGACAGCAGUGCGUAUGUUAAUAACUCUAAUAAUUGCUCCUACGCCUUUCUUGUCGAAGAAGGUAUGUUUAGCUUCUUUCCUUCUCAAGAUCUUAAGAAUCUUCGAAAUGUUACGGAGUUCCCUGUAGUACUGGAUUGGUCUAUCGGAAACCAGACAUGCGAGCAAGCCGGAAACACAAGCAUAUGCGGUCAGAACAGCGUAUGUACCAACUCUACUACUCGAGCCGGGUAUAACUGCAAAUGUAAAGAUGGUUACGAUGGGAAUCCAUACCUAGCCGAAGGCUGUCAAGACAUAGAUGAGUGUACUACUAAUAGCACUAUCCAUAGACAUAACUGUUCGGGUUCCAGCACCUGUGAAAAUAUGAUGGGGUACUUCCUUUGUAGGUGCCCAUCUGGUUUUGACUUGAAUGCCACCACCAAUGGCUGUAUGCGUAAACACAAGCCUGAAUACUACGGAUGGAGUCAAAUUUUUCUUGGAACAACCGUCAGCUUCUUGGCCAUCCUACUUGUCGUUAGCUGUGUACAACAGAAAAGAAAGCACAGGAAAAACACCGAGCUCCGAAAACACUUCUUUGAGCAAAACGGUGGUGGCAUGUUGCGGCAGAGACUCUCAGGAGCAGGGACAUCAAAUGUUGAUGUCAAAAUCUUUACUGAGGAAGGCAUGAAAAAAGCAACUAAUGGUUAUGAAGAAAGCAGAAUCUUGGGUCAGGGAGGCCAAGGAACAGUCUACAAAGGGAUAUUACCGGAUAGCUCAGUAGUUGCUAUAAAGAAAGCUCGGCUUGGAGACUGCAGCCAAGUAGAACAGUUCAUCAACGAAGUGCUUGUGCUUUCACAGAUCAACCAUAGGAACGUUGUCAAGCUCUUGGGCUGCUGUCUAGAGACUGAAGUUCCCUUGCUGGUCUAUGAGUUCAUCAACAGUGGAACCCUUUACGACCACUUGCAUGGUUCCAUGUCUAAUCCUUCUCUAACAUGGGAGCACCGUCUGAGGAUAGCCCUGGAAAUUGCUGGAACUCUUGCCUACCUUCACUCCUCUGCUUCAAUUCCAAUCAUCCACAGAGAUGUCAAGACUGCUAAUAUACUCCUGGAUGAAAACUUAACUGCAAAGGUAGCUGACUUUGGUGCUUCAAGGCUGAUACCUAUGGAUAAAGAGCAGCUCACAACUAUGGUGCAAGGCACUCUAGGUUACCUAGACCCAGAAUACUACAACACAGGGUUGCUAAAUGAAAAGAGUGAUGUUUAUAGCUUUGGAGUAGUCCUCAUGGAACUGCUCUCAGGCCAGAAGGCAUUGUGCUUUGAAAGGCCACAGCACUCAAAACAUCUGGUGAGCUACUUUGCUUCUGCCACAAAAGAGAAUAGGUUGCACGAGGUUAUUGAUGGGCAAAUUAUGAAUGAGAAUAAUUAUAGAGAGAUCCAGGAAGCGGCUAGAGUUGCUGUAAAGUGUACAAGAGUGACGGGAGAGGAAAGGCCAAAGAUGAAGGAAGUAGCUGCACAGCUUGAGGGUUUGAGAGUCACAAAAACCAAACAUCAGCGGUCGGAUGAUUAUCCUGAGCCAAUGGAGAUGGAGCAUUUGCUCGGUCUUGAAAUCUUGUCGGCACAAGGUGAAACCAGCAGCACUGGCUAUGACAGCAUCAAGAAUAUAACAAGAACACACGUUGAAUCUGGCCGCUGAUUAGAGUGUAGGUCACAUUCCAUUGGAUCCUGAUCAUGUUUCUUUUCUCUUCCUUUAUAUCCUAGACAUUUAAACCAUAUAGUAAAAGAAAUGACAUUCAAAAAACCCUCUGUGCUUGAGAGAUUCUUGAUUCUUCAGAUCAUUAAUCAUUGUAUUUAUAACCCUCGCAAAGGCAUCUCCAACCUCACUCUAUUUUCCCUUCUAAAAUAGAGUUUAGAGUAAAAAUGCUUCAA